CUUUCCAUUGGAAAAUGAAACAACAGUUGAAGUCCAUUUAUUUAUUUUAAUAAUUCUAUAAAUUCAGUGAUUAACAUAGGAAUACUAAUGAGAUAUCUGUGUAUUUAAGUGAAAAUAAUUUAGGUAAAUGUAUCUCCCUCUCCAUAAUGGAUCUGAGAGAAAGUAUUUCGUCAAAAUUCCCAUCAAGAAGUUGGGAUUAUUUACAGUUUCACUCCCGCUGUUUGCGUUCAUAACUUGUGUUAUAAUAACAUUAUAUAAAGAUUUUGAGAAAGCAAAUAAUACACAUUGCAAAGUUCCAAACGUCUUCCCUUCGAUAUCAGCUUCCAUAGGCAACUACGAACCACAGCGCAGUAUAUGGAGAAUAGCAAUUUACACUCAUGCUCCAUUAAGAUUCUUCAUUAUUUAUUUAAGAUGGAAGUAUUAUAUAAAUGUUAUAAGCCAAAAUUGUGCCUUUGUAGUAAAAUUAGCAGUAUUUUUAAAUAUUCUAGAAAAUUUGUCACUAAUAGGACUGACGCACUGGGCCUCAUCAAAAAAUUAUCCUUUCCAUGAAGCAUGCUUUAAAACAUUCAUUGGAAGUUCUAUAUUCUACAUGUUUUUUACCUGCAUGAUGCUCACAAAGUACAGACGGAGAACCACACUAACACAAUUAGAAAUAUAUUCAAUCAAGUUAAAAUGGAGAGCUUUUUUUGUGAAUGUGGGUUCAUUUGCAUUUGCUGCCUAUUUUUUCUUGAGACAUAAUCGUUUGUGUGAACCUUAUGUUUAUUCAAUGUUUGGAUUUUCGGAAUAUAUUGUGGUUGUUAGCAAUAUAACAUUUCAUAUGACAACAGUGUAUGACCUCAGAAAGCAGUACAUUUAUUUAACUAGAAAAGGGUUUUUAAUUGAAUGACUGAGAAUUGUAAAUAAUAUCUUUUUGAUACAAGAUGAACUAAAGAAACAUGACAUAAAUCAAAGACGUUUAAAUAUAA